AUGGACAAAACAUCGGGCAAUGUGGCUCGUCGAGCCUUUCGCCGCGUGGCCCGAGGCGUCCAGGCCGCCACUCGGAAGAUGUUGUUUUGGCGACCGAGGAAGAGUAAUAUUAUCAACAACAAUAACAACAACAACAACAAAAGCAACAAGAAGAAGAACAACGGCGAGAACAAUAUCUAUAACAAGAAGAACAACAGCUACAAAAACAAAAACAACGACUACAACUACAACAAAAGUAACAAGAUGAAGAACAAAGGCGAGAACAACAUCUAUAAGAACAAUAAGAACAACUACUACAACAAGAGCAACUACAACAACUACAACAACUACCACGACUACUACCACAACAACUACUACCACAACAACCACAACAACUACGGCAGAAGACUCCAAUACAACCGCACGAUGAGCCGGAUGCAUCGCAACAACUACUUCGCCGGCAUUGCCGCGCGAGCCGGUCUCCCCCCCGACCUCCAACCACCGGCGCAACAACACCUGCGACGACCGGCACCGGCCGCCAAGCAGGCCAAGCAGGCCAAGCAGGCCAAGCAGGCCAAGAAGGGCAAGGAACGGAAGCCCCGGCCGAUCCGGGCCAUCUACAGCCCUGCCACGGGCCAACUCCUGGCCCCGGAGCCUCGGCAAGCCUACCUCGCAUGGUACGACGAGGAUUUGGAGCACGCGAGGGUCGUACGUCCGGCACGGCCGGAGCCAGCAAGACAGGCACGGCCAGCACGACCGGUGCGACCGGUGCGACCGGCGCGACCGGCGCGACCGGCGCAAUCUCCGUCUGCGGCUCUGGCACCGCGGGCCCCUCUCCCCAGGGUCCUUCCGAACCGCUUGGAGGCCCACAAUGGGAACAAGAACAGGCGCAGUGCCGUGCCAGUGGCUGACGGCGCGGUGGACGCGGAGUCGCCAUUGGACGACAGCGAUGACGAGUCGGUGGUGUCAGUUCCACCCAGAAUCCAGGGCCGGGCUUACUCCAUCUAA